GCGCGGCUGUUGCCACAGCGGUAAAGAGACAGAAAAAAUGGCGGACAUGGGGAAAAUCUGUCCUGACUCCUUGCGCUGUCGAGGAAACUCUUCGCGAAAAGCGUUUUUUGAGGGGAAGCUUAUCCUCCUGCUCUGCAUACUCAUUGUGGACUCCGGAGGAGCUACGACCCACUGGGUUGUCACAGAGGAUGGAAAAAUACAACAGCAGGUUGAUUCACCUUUGAAUCUCAAGCAUCCGCAUGACGUGGUGAUCUUCAUGAGGCAAGAGUCUCGCGUUAACUACCUCAAGAAACUGGAGAAGCUGCUAGUGGCACAGAAAAUUCACAUUGAGGAAAAUGAGGACAGGGACACCGGGCUGGAGCAGCGACACUACAAAGAAGAUGCUGAUUGCAUUAUGGCCAAAGUACCUCUUGGUGACCUCGACCUGUAUGAUGGCACUUACAUCUCCUUAGAAAGUAAAGACAUCCGCCCCGAAGACUAUGUGGAUUUACUCUCGGGUCUCCCUCCAGAUCUAGAAAAGCCAGACUGUGCAAGAGUGUUACAACUACCCUAUAGUAUCCAUGCGUUCCAGCAUCUCAGGGGUGUGCAAGAGAGGGCGAACCUCACCUCCCCAUUACUUUCAAAGGAGGACCCGAUUUUUAGCUCUUUGUCACAUAAACUGGGUCACAGUAUAGACGUGGUGGGCCAUCGCAUCCAUCAGGCAUUACCGAGGAAUACAUCAUCAUGGGUGCUAUACAACAUGGCUUCAUUCUAUUGGCGUAUGUCGAACGAUCCUCAGAGGGCAAUGGAUUGUGUGGUGCGCGCUCUACACUUUUCCCCUAGGCAUCACAAGGAUGUAGGCUUGGUUAAUAUGGCCAACAUCCUGCACCGCGCCCAUUUCUCAGCAGAUGCUGCUGUUCUAGCCCACGCUGCCCUGGACCUACCCUCAGACCUGUUUACCAGUCACUACACUUUGGGAAACAUUUAUGCCAUGCUUGGGGAAUACAACCACUCUGUGUUGUGUUAUGAGCAGGCAUUACAGGCCCAGCCGGGCUUUGAGUUGGCCUUGAGGAGGAAGCAUGCUGUGCUCUGCCAGCAAAAGCUUGAGCAGCGCCUAGAAGCCCAGCACAGAUCACUGCAACGAACCCUGAAUGAGCUCAAGGAGUACCAAAAGCAGCAUGACCACUACCUUCGCCAGCAGGAGGCGCUAGAUAAACACAAGCUGUUGCAGGAAGAGCAGAUCCUGCACAACAUUAUCCAUGAAACCCAAAUGGCCAAAGAAGCCCAACUUGGGAACCAUCAAAUUUGUCGCCUGGAUCAACAGCAGAGCAGCCUCCACUGCCCUUUUGAUCUGCCUGUACGUUAUCACCGUGGUGACCUGUUUGAACAUGUCCAUUUUGUCCAAUUUGGCGAAGAGAUAUCUGUGGCUUCCAGUGUGGCACUUAUGUCAGAUCACAGUUCAAACCAGACAACAUACACCCCUCAGCUCCAUCCUUCUGUGUCAGGUGACCAGGAUCCUGUCGCCGCUCUCUGGAAUAGUCAUCAUGAUGGGACACAGGAUAUGCAAAAGUUGUUGUGGCCUCAAAGGACAGACUGCAUCAGGGAAUACCCAGGUGUUCCCCCUGCGUACUUGUUGCCAUCAUACCACCUUCUACACGAAACCAAGAGUCACAGCCCAGUGGCAACUCUCCUCUAUGGGACUCAUAGUCCUCCUCAGACAGUGACCCUGCCAGAGUGUGGUUAUGUCUCUCAAGUACAUUCUGCUCCCCUGCCUGCUUCACUGGACUGGCUUCUGGAAGGCAAGAUGAUGCCAGAUCCCUUUGCCUCCAAGAUAUUGCAGUUCCGGAGUGGUGAUUGGACGUUGGAACAAAUUGGUUCCAGAAUUGCCGAAAUAAUGAAAUUAGACAAAUUAUCCAGCUGGCAGGUCUAUAAUGAGGCAUCUCUAUUCUGGCGAGCCCAAGGAAAUGGCAGUCAUGCCCUUCAGUGCCUGCGCCAAGUGUGGAUCAAAGCCCCGCCCUCCCAUCGCCAUUUGUCCCUCACAAAUGCUGCUAACUUGCUGCUACAUUUUGGAUUGACCAAUCACUCACAAACACUGGUGGAGCAAGCGCUGACUUACAAUGCAACUGAGCCCCAUGCGCUCCUCAGCCUGGUGAGCUUGCAAUUGGCUCAAGGCAAUGUGACAGGAGCUCUGGCCUUGUUUCGCCACACCCUGAUGACAGCUGUUUCCUCCUCCACUUCCUUCUCAUCUUUUGCUGACUGUGAACAGUGUCGUGCCAGUAUACCUCUUCUGCGUUGCCUGCAGUUUUAUCCCUUCCUUUACAACCUCUCAAACCAACAGCCCUACUCACAGGGUUCUGCUUGUGCUGCUGACGACUUUGCCAUUCAGUGGGAGGGCGGUGAAGAAAAACAAGAUACAGCUUCCAUUUCAGCCAUAGAGGACUCUUUGCUCUUUGAAAAGGUCAUCUUGGACACAAACGGGUCUGGUGAGGCUGCUGGAAAACAGCAUGCUUCUCUUUCGUCUUCAGAGACGACCCCCUCACUUGGAGAGCGAGGGGUCGAAGGUGAGGAGGAGUGGCAGCUGAAGGAAGAUCUGAUUGGAGCAUUCGAGGGGGCUUUGGAUGUCAGUGGCAAACGAGGAGACUUGCAGGGCAUCCGGGUGCUCAAGAAUGACCAUGUGAUGGGGCCCCGCAGUAGUGGAGGGUCCUGCUUUGGAAACUGUGAGGAUGACGACGGAUCAGAAUGGAUCACUUUUCAAGUAAAGAGAGUAAGAAAGGCAAAGUUGGAUGGCACUGAGAAUGUGGCCGUCUCUGAUGACAGCCAUGGUGGGGAGCCAGUGCCUGAAGAACAUUCUCUUCUGGAGAUUAGCGGACCAACUAUCCCAUCAGCAGGUCCUCCAGGCCGCUGGAGGGACUAUACAAGUUUUGGCUGGCCACGGCCAGAGGAGUGUCAACACACACGAAGGGUUGAUCUCACCACUGCGGCAAGCACCUGGCUAGCUGUGUCGGCCAAGAACAUCGACAUCACAGAGCACAUAGAUUUUGCGACCCCGCUCCAGGAGCCAGCUGUCGAGCCUUUAUGCAAUGCAAACCUCGCUGCCAGUAUGCACACCCUCGACCACCUGGCAGGCAUGGCUAAUCGAGCCGCCAUCCACUAUACAGGAGAGAGCCAACUCAGUGAGGUCCUGCAAAAUCUUGGCAAAGAAGAAUUCUCGCCUCAGUCCUUUGAGCAGGUGGGGACUCGAAUUGCUAAAGUAUUGGAGAAGAACCAGACAUCAUGGGUAUUAUCCAGUAUGGCUGCACUUUAUUGGAGGGUGAAAGGUCAAGGCAAGAGAGCAAUUGACUGUCUGCGACAGGCCCUCAAUCACGCCCCGUAUCACAUGAAGGAUGUUCCCCUCAUCAGUCUGGCCAACAUCUUCCAGAAUGCUCGACAGUGGGAGGAUGCUCUUACAGUAGCUCGCAUGGCUGUAGAAAUUACUCCACACUUUGUAGUAAACCACUUCACUCUUGCCAAUGUCUACAUAGCUAUGGAGGAGUUUGAAAAAGCAAUGCGCUGGUACGAGUCCACUUUGAAGCUGCAGCCAGAGUUCGCCCCUGCCAAAGACCGACUGAGAACCAUUCAGUGUUACCUGCUUACCAAGAGGGAACGCCGUCAUCCUUAAACCACCGAACAGAUAGUUCCCAGAAGUUGCCCGUAUCAUGCCCACAACAGAUUGAGAAUACUCAAACGUACUCGUUAAAAGCCCGCAGUUAAUUUGUACAAAAAAAAAACAGACAUAAUAUGGAAAAACUAG